ACAGAUCUUCACCGUUUGGAGAGAAGCUCAGACUCCGACCAAAACUGCAAUUUUUCAUCUGGAGCCACCGGGGCUCGGUCUUUUUUUUUUUUUUUUUCCACAAUGUCCCAUAUCAAUUUUUCUGUAAUUUUGAUUUUGGGGUUAAUGUCAACAAUGGCGCAUUCAAUGCGUUUCGACCUUCAAUCGGGCGCCACCAAGUGCAUCUCAGACGACAUAAAGAGCAAUGCCAUGACGGUGGGCAAGUAUUCCGUCGUUAACCACAACGAGGGCUUUCCUAAACCUGAUUCUCAUAAGGUCACUGUCAGGGUGACCUCACCUUAUGGAAGUAAUUAUCACUAUGGGGAUCACGUGGAAUCGGGUAAUUUUGCGUUUACUGCGGCAGAGACUGGUGAUUAUUCAGCUUGCUUUUGGGUGUCUGAUCGUAAGCCCUCGACCACGGUGACCAUUGAUUUUGACUGGAAAACGGGAGUUGCUGCUAAGGACUGGUCCAAGGUUGCCAAGAAAGGGCAGAUUGAAACGAUGGAAGUUGAGCUGACAAAAUUAUAUGAUACUGUGUCAUCCAUUCAUGAUGAGAUGUUUUUUCUUCGUGAAAGGGAGGAAGAAAUGCAACAACUUAACAGAUCAACUAACUCCAAGAUGGCGACUUUUAGCUUCCUUUCCCUUCUGGUUUGCCUGUCAGUGGCCGGUUUGCAACUAUGGCAUCUCAAGAUGUUCUUUGAGAGGAAGAAGCUCCUCUAGUUCCACUUGGUACUUAUUUCCUUAACUUUUUCUUCUGCAGUUAUAUACAUACUACUUUCCCCCCUGUAUUACGAGGCCGAAUUUUAUGUUGCGCAGUGGUUUGUUCCACCGAGAGGUUAGCUGCUAGAAAAGAAUCCUAUCAAAGUUUUGGUUUUGUUUUGUUGAAACUGGUUCCGUACUUUUCCAGAUCAAUGGAACUAACUUAUCAAGAUCAUUUGUAGUCACUUUGAAUACUUACUUACAUGUAACACUCAAUGUCGAUGAUUUCA